AUGGUUAGGACUAGAGGUUUAGGUCGUGCCUUAGGUAGGGUUAUUGGCAGAGCUCUGGGGAGUGAGGAUUGUCAUGAUUCUGAUGAUGCUCCCCAACGGCGAAGGCCUACCGCAUCGGCACGCAGGCAACCGGGAGCUGUCCGUGUUGCCGAGGAUGACCCUGUGGUAGUUGCCGAUGAGCCUAUGGUAGCUGCAGAUGCCGGUGCAGACAUACAUCCACCUGGUGCAAACGCUGGUGCAAACGCUGGUGCAGAUGAGCCUGAGGGAUUUUCAGGUGGAUCGAAUGACCCAUCAGUGCUUAUUGAGUAUGCUAAGCAUGUUGCAGCUGGCGUAUGGACCGAAGAGGAACGACCUGAAUUGAAUUUAUCCUCCCAUGGGAGGAAGGUGCAAAAAUUAGGUAGGCAUGUCCCUGCAAUUGAGGGGCUAGUUGUUGGCACAGGACUAAGUCCUUUAAUCGCGCGUUCAGUAGACACUGGCGAUCGGGGACUUAUAUCCUCGUUUAUGGAGAGGUGGCACAGGGAGACCCAUUCAGUGAUGGAGGAGACUACACAAAUGCGUACCUCGUAUGCCGUCGCCGACGAACCAACCACCGCAACAAUGAACACUGGCACCUUCACCUUCACCGAAGCUAACCGAUCGCAAGAAAACGAAGAAAAUACGGUGAAGCACUGCGCAAAAAUGGCUGGGGCAGUUUAA